AUGAUUAAAAAAUUAUUAGUACUUUCUCUUACAGUAGCCUUGAUUUUUACUACCCCUGGUGCAGAUGUUACUUGUAAUUCAACUACUGACUCUACUACUUGUGGUUCAGCUGGUGCAAGUACUUGGAUUACAGGUAGUACUGCUGGCAAAUUCAAAAUUGCUGAUUGUAGUGCUGUCGGUAGCAGUUUAACAAACAUUUUUGAUACUUUCUGUCUUUCUUGCCCAUAAGGUGGAAAUUCAAAUAUUUAUGCUAACGCUAGUUAAAGCGGAUGUCGUAACACACCUAUUAAUAAUGGUGUGAAUAUUCAAUGCUAAUAAGGAAGUAAUUGUUCUACUAGCUGUCCUGCUCUCCCUUUAGCAUUUACAUGGAAAACAGGUCUAUAACCAAAUUAAUGUAUGAUUGAAUCUUGCUAUGCUGCUCCUAUUCCUAAUUCUGGUUUAACAUUUAUAUUGUGUGGUUCAUGCUCUCCGAAUGGCGAUAAACCUAACUCUUAUGGAACAGCUUGUGUAAAAACUACUGGUGGAUUUUGCGAUAGAAACUAAGAUUGGACUGAUGAUGAUUGCAAAAUAUGUAAUGCAGGUGGUAAAAAUUCUGCUAAUAUUAAAGCUAGUUCAGAUAAAACAUAAUGUGUUGCAGCUGCUAGCAGCAGUAGCUCAUCAGUUAUAGCUGUUUCAGCAUUGCUCAUAGCUUCUUUACUUAUUUGA